AUGUCCAUUGCCACUGAUAAACCACCAUCAAAAUCAGUUAUUGAAUUGAUUCCAAAUGCUCAAGAGUUCCAAUUGAAAGGUGAUCAAUUUGAUUUCCAAAAAUAUUUUGAUACUUUACCUUUGCCUUCAUUCAAUGAUAAAGAUGUUCAAUCAUCUAGAUUACCAAAUUCAAAAGAAGCUGGAUUUUCAUCAAUUUAUAGAUCUUCAUUAUGUCAAGAUGGGUUAAUCUCCACUGUUCAUCCUGAUUUAGAUACAAGUCAUUCUAUUUUCCAAAAAGCUGUUGAAUUAUAUGGUGAACGUGAUUUAUUCGGUGUUAGAAAAUUUGAUAGAUCAACUGGUAAAUUUGAUGAUGAUUUCACUUAUCAAACUUAUAAUGAAAUUGCUACAAGAAGAACUAAUUUAGGUUCCGGUAUAAAGACUCUUUUACCUCAAGAUGAAAAAUUUGUUGUAUCAUUAUUCAGUCCAAAUCGUCCAGAAUGGUUAUUAACUCAAUUGGCUUCAAGUGCUCAUUCAUUAACAAUCACUGCUCUUUAUGAUACUUUAGGUGCUAAUACUGCUGAAUAUAUUUUAAAUUUUACCGAUUCACCAAUUUUAUUUUGUCCAUUAAACAAAAUUUCAAAUGUAUUAAACAAUAUAACAACUUCUGCUAAAAAAGUUCCAAAUUUAAAAUACAUCAUUUCAAUGGAUCCAUUAGAUUUUGACUUGGAUUUUGGUUUAAUUCAAUUAGGUAAAUCUCAAGGUAUUUCUAUAAUGUCUAUUCAUCAAUUAGAAAAAAUUGGUGAACAAAAUCCAGUUCCAUUCACUGAACCUACUCCAGAUACUAGAUUUGGUAUUUCAUUUACUUCAGGUACAACUGGUAAUCCAAAAGGUGUUGUUUUAAAUCAUGAACAAAUGGCAUCUGGUAUUGGUGCAUGUAUAGCUGUGGUUAAUAAACCUGAUAAUGUUCCAAGAGAAGCUCAAUAUCAAAGUUAUUGCUUCUUACCAUUGGCUCAUAUUUAUGAAUUAUUAGCUUCAAAUUUACAAAUUGCAAGAGGUUCAAAAAUUGCUUUUCCUCAUGAUCCAAAUCCAAUAACUUUAGUGGAAAAUUUAAAAAUUGUUAAACCACAUUUUAUUAGUCUUGUUCCAAGGGUAUUAAAUAAAUUUGAAGCUGUUUUAAAACAAGGUUUAAAUUCUGAUUAUAAAGGUCAAAUGGUUUUAAGUUUAUUAUUAAGUGAUUCAACUCCAAAUUGGUUGAAAAAAUCAUUACAAAAUAAAACUAGAAAAGUUUUAGGUUUUGAUAGAUUGAAUUUUAUCGUUAGUGGAUCAGCUCCAAUUAAUCCAUCAACUGCAGCUUUCCUUUCAAAAGUUUUAGGUGUUGCUUUUAAACAAGGUUAUGGAUUAACUGAAUCAACAUCAGGUACUAAUUCAUCAAGUUUAAAUGAUAGUGAUUUUGGAUCUUCAGGUUCAUUACAUCCAAGUACAGAUGCAAGAUUAAGAGAUGUUCCAGAAAUGGGUUAUUUAACAACAGAUUCAAAUGGUAAUGAAUUAGAAGAACCACAAGGUGAAUUAUUAUUAAGAGGUCCACAAAUUUUCAAAGAAUAUUAUAAAAAUCAAAAAGCUACAGAUGAAGUUUUACAAAAUGGUUGGUUUUCAACUGGUGAUAUUGCAACUUUUGAUAAAUAUGGUAGAGUUUAUAUUAUUGAUCGUGUUAAAAAUUUCUUUAAAUUAGCUCAAGGUGAAUAUAUUUCACCUGAAAAAUUGGAAAAUAUUUACUUAAGUGAAUGUCCUUAUAUAACACAAAUUUUCAUUACUGGUAAAUCUGUUGAAAGAUAUUUAGUUGGUAUUGUUGGAUUAGAUCCAAUAGCUGUUAAAAGACUUUUUAAAAAAUUCCAUGGUUUUAAAACAGAUGAUGAUUUAAUCAAUGGUAUUAAUUCAUCACCAGAAUUAAAGAAAUAUUUAUUAAACAAGAUGAAUUCAAAAGCUAAAGAAUUACAAGGUUUUGAAAAAAUUCAUAAUUUAAAAGUUGCAAUUGAACCAUUAAAAAUUACAGAUGAAACUAUAACACCAACUCAAAAAAUUAAAAGAAAUGUUUGUAAUAAAUUCUUUAGAAAUGAAGUUGAAGAAUUAUAUCAAGAAGGUGAUUUAAUUCGUGGGGAAAAGAUUUAG